CUUACAUAAUUCUUCUUAUUGAACAACAGUAUCACCUGAUCAUCAGAAAUGAUAUUCAUUAGUUAGCGAUCAAGAACUGAUGUUUUAUUCAACCAAUCAGCGUUCUUUGAUCUCUCCUUUUAUGCGUGCGCGAAUACCAUGUAAAUAAAGGCACACAGAAGUUGAAGUUAUUCAGAAGUUAGUGUCUUCCAGCACUUUGCACGCGAUAAUUGUUUGACCCAAGAUUUUAGAAAUGAUUUAAGUUGGAUAUUAAAAUUAAAAAUCUUCAAGAGAUAUAUAUGUAUGUUUUAUCAUUACUGAACACAUGUAAAAAAAAUUGUGAAAGAUGGGAUUGUUAUCAGUAUUGAAGCAAUCUAAUGUGAUUUAUGUUAUAUUUGGUAUAACUUUUCUUACAUCGGGCCUGAUCAUCAAUUUUUUCCAGUGUCUUUUGUACUUUGGUCUUAGACCUUUCUCCACAUAUCUUUAUCGCAAGAUUAACUACUAUCUCUGCUAUUCCUUAUAUAGUCAGUUAGCAUUUGUACCAGAAUGGUGGUCUGAAUUAGACAUUGUACUUUAUAUGAAUAUGGAUGAUGUGGAAAAAUUUAGAAAUAACCAUAAAUAUAUAUUAAUGAACCACAGAUAUGAAAUAGAUUGGCUUUGUGGAUGGAUCAUAUGUGAACGUACCGGAGUACUUGGUAAUUGCAAAGCAUAUGUAAAAAAAUCGCUACAGUAUGUUCCAAUAUUAGGGUGGGCAUGGAGAUUUGCUGAAUAUAUAUUUAUGGAAAGAAAUUGGGAGAAAGAUAAAGAAGUAAUCACCUUGCAAAUUAAAGAGCUUGUAAAUUACCCAGACAGUAUAUCGUUGCUUUUAUGUGCCGAGGGAACACGAUUUACAGCAGAAAAACUAGAAGCCAGUCAAAAAUUUGCCCAAAAAGCGAAUCUUCCAGUAUUAAAUUAUCACUUAACACCACGAACGAAGGGUUUUGUAGCAAGUUUACCGCAUAUGCGGGGCAAAAUUUCUGACAUUUAUGACAUGCAACUGCAGUUUAAGUCAGAUGAUCCUGUAAAACCAACGUUAACAAACUUACUACAGGGAAAACGGAUCACUGCGUACAUGUGUAUUUUCAGGAUACCGUUAGAAGAAGUGCCAGAAGACGAGAAAGGUGCUGAAGAAUGGUUACAUAAACAUUAUGAGAAAAAAGAUCGUAUGGCAGAAAGUUUUGAACAAACAGGUGAUUUCUUUGAACUUAGUGGGGCACCCAAAUUAGAAAAGAUUACAUUAAAAAGAAGAUAUCAUUCACUCGUUAAUAUAAUUUUCUGGGCAAUGGUAGUGAAUGCACCAAUUCUUUAUUAUUUGAUUAUUAUUCUCUUGUCUGGAUCGAUCAUUUAUUUCUCGAUAGGAGCAAGUAGUAUCUUCUUAAUUUAUUUACUUUUGCAAAGAAUGAUCGGAAUGUCCAAAAUAAGUAAGAGUUCAUCAUAUGGAACUGAUGAUAAGAAAUUGAAGUAAAAUAGAAAUGAGAAAAUAAUAAAAGGAAUACAGUACGAAAAAAUACAGAAUGAAUAGAGAAAAAUUGACAUUGAAGUUAGAUGAGCGUUUGCAAAUUAUGUUCACCUCGUGAUGUAUUCCACGAGACCAUUUAUGUAAAAAUCUAUAUGAAAUAUGCACAGAAGCUUGUAAAAAUGUAAUAUGAGCUGUACAUUGUUGAUUGUACUUUUAGUUGCAUUGAUUGGUUGUAAUGAAUAACAAUUUUAGAAGUAGAUAUAUUAAUAUCUUGAAGAAUUAAUUUUUAUGUUCAAAAAUAUUUGAAUAUUUUAAAAAAAUUAAAAGUUUUUGUUAUAAUAAUUAAAUGAGAUUAAUUAUGUUCUUUUGUGAUAAUGUUUUAAUGUUAUAGAAUCUCACUUUCUAAAUUAAAAGUUUAAUAAAGGGUUGAAAACGUGAAAAGAAAAUAAUAUAAUGUAAAAGAGUUCUAUUCAACAAGAACGAAAGAAUCAAUUUAGGACAUACUUAAUUUCUAGGAUAUAAAAAUAGUUAUUUUAAAAAGAUAGAAAUUUCUAAGGUAAUCUCAUAAAAAAUUAAGUUUUUAAUAAUUACUUUAAACCUAUUUAUUUAGUUUAAAAUGACAUAUUAUUUAUGCCAAUAGUUAUUUAACACUACUGCACAAAUAUUAAUUAAAGAUUAUGUAUGACAAUAUAGAUAUAUGAAUAUCAAUUAUUAACAAAGGGAAAAGAAUUUUUUGAAAGUAUAUAUUUUACGUUAAUAAUUUUAUUCAAAUUUUUUUGAAUACAGAUAUAUAUUGAUUAUAAGUAGGCAGUAAAUAUUUAUGCAGAUGUACAUAUAUAAUGUAUUAAGAUCUGUUAAAUACAUAAAAAAGAUAUGCAAAAUAAAAAGGCACUUUUUCUUAAAUCUCUAUUGACAAAACAAAUUUUGAUAUAUAUAUAUAUAUAUAUAUAUAUAUAUAUAUAUAUAUAUUCUGUUUCUGUAUCUAUUUUUUAUAAAAAUAUACAUUUGCAUGAAUAUCUGUAAUUUAUUUAUUAUUAUGGUGUUAUUGUACAUAUAUUCAGAUCUUAUACUAAUACUAAUACUUAUCUCAGUACUAAUAGUAAAAUGUCUUUUUCCAAUAAAAGUUUUGAUUGAUUAAUUCCAGAAUAAAUUGCACAUUACUAAUCAAAAUUAGCUAUUGAUGAAACAAGCGAGGAUGUUAAUAUAUUCGAAGUUUUGAAAAAGUAUUAUUAAUUUAAUCCUAUAUUUAACUUUACCUAAAACCAAAUGUUAAUGGCGACGGUAUUUCGUUAAUAUUGAUGAUCUCAAGUCCUUGAGAAAAUUAGCUUUGAUUAAACGAGAAAAUUACUUUCGCAAAUUCUGGAAUUUGAAACUCCGUGACAUAAAAAUAUACAUUAUAUGUAAGUAUAUAUAUAUAUAUAUACACACACACACACGCGCGCGCGCGCGCGCAUAUGAGUGUAUAUGCAUGUGUACCUUCUUAACAGUCUUCUCGCUAAUAGCAUAUUUAAAUCUGCGUUUAAAUUUUGCUUUUACUUUUCAUUGACGGCUGUUGUUUCUUUUUCUUUUUCUUAAGUAUGCAUUAUUUACUUUUACCAAUCUAUCAUAUUAAGGACAAAAUUUAUGUGGAAGACAUUCUAUUUUUUCCAAAUUACAUCUUUUAUAAUAUCAUUCAUUGUUUCUAUUCAACUAACUUUUAAUAGAAUGAUGAUUUAGAUUAUUUAAUAUUUCAUGUACUUUGAUGCUUAGUAAUGUACGAAUUUGAACUAUUGAAAUUUAAUAUAUUUAAAUAAAGAAGUAUGAUUUUUAAUUAAAUAUUUAUCUUUCUUACAUUACUUUCGUGAUGUAUUUCAGUAUAUCCUUCAAAAGGCUUAGCUACGUACUGAAUCUUCCUUAAUUUUCCUAGCGCAUCGUAAUAACCAUAUUGUCCUUUUAUUGUACCAUCGCGAUGCUUUUCUUCUAAUCUGUAUUGCCUAUUCUUUCUGCAAUAAAUAUAUGGUAUAUUGUUCAUUAAAUACCACUAAGCAUAUGUAAUGUUUUCUAACGAUGUAUAUGUAUAUGUAUACUGAAAAAAUUGGACGUUUAUAAUAAAUAAAUCUAGUUUUUAUAAAUGACAA